AUGACGACGGUGGAGAAGCUGUUGGUGCAGAUAUUCGAGCGCAAGAAUUCGAUAAUCGAACAUGUGAAGCAACAGACGGAAUUGUACAGCCAGCACCUCGCCUCCAAACUCAUCAUUGAUGGAAUCACACCUCCCUCCUGGCUCUGGAGCCCUAACGCCUCUUCGGAUUCAAAUGAGCUAAACAAAGAAGAGUUGAUCUCUAAACUUCUACGCCCAUAUCCAAGGCCUCCUUUAGCCAGUUGCUCCAUCCCAUACCAUCCUGGGUAUGAUAACCUAGUUGUCACAGGAGAUACUGAAAAUAUUUCUGCUGGAGUCUUCAUGGGAAAUCUGGUUUUUGGGGAAGGUGUCAAAGAGCAAGAUCAUUCAACAAGGCGCCCAUUGAGCAGUGAGGAACCAGCUGGAUGUGCGCUCGAUGGUGUUCCUGAGCCAGAAGUUAGUGUUACCUCACCUGAGGAUCAGAUGGAUGAGAGGAUUUUGAAUAUCUAUAAUGAGCCAGAUCAGUCACUAGCUCGAAUCCAGAGAUCUAAGUCGAGACAAAAAGCUCUUCAGCUUCGAGAAAGUGCAAAGGCCUUCAACGCGAGUGGCAGAAGCAAUGAGAAUAUCAGGAAUGAUGUAUCUGGCAAGAUUUUAUUUUCUCUUUCUGCUACAAACAAGGCAGGCCAGACUGACAAACAAUCCAAAUUUGUGGAACAGUGUGUCACUGGUUGUCAGAGUCGUGCUGAUUGGAAUUUGGACAACGCUGGUAGCCCAAGAAGCAUAAAGGAGAAUAAUACAUACUCAGGCAGAAUUACUAGGUCAAGAAACAACCUCAAAGUUCCAGAUUUAGAAAGAGAUUCUCUAGCAUUAGGCUGCUCAUCUGAGAUUUCCAAAGAUGGUGCCUCCUGUCAUAUUUCUGAAGUAAGGAGAAUGAAGCCUAUGCAUAUAUCUGAUUCUGAGAAGGCUGAUGAUUCUAUUAAUGAAGCAAAAUCAGCUGGUCCAUCUACUGUCUAUUGUCAAAACCCUGGAGAUAAGAAAGUGGAUGGUGCAGAUUGUCUCAGCGGUGAUAGGAGCAAUUUUCUUGCUGGUAAAAUUUCUAGAUCUAGUAUUUCUAGCAAAUGUCAAGGCCGUGGUCCUGAUUCUUCAAACGCUGAAAAUUCUUCUGAUUAUAAUCAGAGAAUGACAACUUUAACGAUGGAAUCCAAAGACGAUUUACCCCCACGGGCUGUUUAUGGGUCACCGCCCAAAUCUUCUAAUCUUCUUGAUUAUGGUGGCUUAUCUGAGAUUUUCAAAGUCCACACUUUCCCUCCUACUUCUGAAGAAAGAAAAAUGCAGUCUAUGCAUAUUUGUGAUUCUGGGGUGGCUCAUGAUUAUGUUAAUAAGAAGCCAAAGUCAACCGGUUCAUCUAUUGUCUAUCAUCAAAAGAUUCAAAACAGUGGAGACAAGAAAAUGCAUGGUGCAGAUUGUCUCAGCAAUGAUAAAAGCAUCAAUCUUUUUGCUGGUAGAAUUUCUAAAUCCAGUAUUUCUAGCAAAUGUCAGAGCCGUAGUCGUGAUUCUUCAAAAGCUGAUAUUUCUUCUAACAAUUAUCAUAGAAUAGACUCUGUAUUGAUGGAUUCUGGGGAUAAUUCACCCACACUGUCUGUUUAUGGAUCACCGCUUAACCUUCCUAAGGUCCUUAAUGAAGGCUGCGACACCCAAGAAUCAAUAUCUGGAGAUUGCCAGAGACACAAAGCAAAGGGUGAUGAUCUGCCUUGUAGUUCUGACCAACAAAAUGCCUUCCCCACGGAGGCUUCUGAUGUAGAAAUCCAUUCCGACUCUGUUAAUGCUGAUGAUGGCAUUCUUGUGCCAUUGAGUGGGAAAUCUGACGAAGAGGUUUCUGAUGCAAAGGAGGAGGAUUGGAGUGGCGAGAGAAAUGCCGAGAGUCAACUAGUGUCAAGUGCUCCAGGAAGGGAAGAUUUGAAGGCUUCAAAGGAUAAGAAUCAAUUGAGAUUUAGUGCUGCAGGAAGUGGAAACCUCAUUGCACCAAUGGAUCAGAGUCAAUUGGUGUCAAGUACUCCAGAAAGUAAAAAAUUUACGGUUUCACAUGCUUAUGUUUCAGGAGAAAAGCCAGUAGCAGAGUCCUGUGAUUCCAUGAUGGGUACUGUAGGCACCCUAAAUGAAAUCUGUGGUGUUCUUGAAACAAUAAAACAAUUCCCUGCACAGCAGUCCCAAAGUUGUUCAUGUCUUGAAGGUAGGCUUUGUAGCCAACAUAGAGAUUCACCUUUCGGAGAUAAUGGAUGUGUUACAUAUGGAACAAACACACCAUGUGGUGAAAGUUCAUCACCUGAGAGAAGAUUCAAACAUGCCAAAGUGGAAUCAUGGCCACAACCAAAGAGGAGAAAACUUGAACAUAAAAAAACUCAUAAUUUAACCUCUUCCACAUUUAAGUUGAGGAAGCCCCAUAAAACUCAAAGCUCCAGUACAGAUUUCGGAAUCAUUGAAACAAACCUAGACUCUGUCGUGGACGCAUUUCAUGCUGAUAGACUUACCGACAUUGAAAUCCCACCUGUGAUGGUUUCUAAUGUGGAGGAACGGAUUGAAUCUGCAUUUUCAUCUGAAAAUGGAAAGGUUGGAUUUUGUUACGAGGAGAAGAAUGAACACAACAAUUCGUCAUCUGUUGUCAAUAAUGAGCCAUUAGGGGCAGCCCUUGUCUCAAGUGUGGAUAAGGAAUCUGUAAAUACCCAAGGAUGUUUUACCAAGGAUACAAGUGAUACAGAUUCAAGCAUUAAUUAUUUUGAUGCAAGAGAGCUUGGAUACGGACAACUUAGCCAGCAUCUGUGUACUCUUGAUAAGAUUACAGACGAUUUAGGUUCUGCGAAUCUGACUCUCACCAAUACGAUGCUUGAAGAUAUACAAUCGUCCAAGUGGGAAAUUGACGAACAGGCACAACAUUCUGAUAUCUCUCCAAGAACUCUAAGCCUGAAGCUCGUAGACGUUGAUCAAUCUAUGCCUGUACUUGAGGGGUUUAUUGUAGAUGCACAAGCAGACAGUGUUGGACUGGCUUUUGUACCAGACGAAAUUGACUUCGACAUGUUGAAGCUUCCGAGUAAUACUAUAGAACGUGCUAGCAUCCUAGCUGAAAUUUGUAGAUCUGCUAGCUUGGAUAAACCCUCUCCUGCAUUCGAGUUUCAUGCAAACCGAAUUUCAAAUCCAUCAAUACCUAAUGAGCACUUAGAGCUUGCCAGUAGUUUGCCCUCUGAUGUUGGUGAACAGCUCCAGUCUAGGAGGAGGUGCGUAGUUGAUUGCAAGGAGGCCCUUGAAGGGAUGCCAUAUUCUGAUUAUCUACCCUAUUCUAGUGCACAUUAUGGUUGGAGUUUACGAGGCCAACAUACAUCUCCUGUUGGAAAGCAAUGGGAAAGACUCUCAUUUCAUACUGGGAGCUCAGAGAAGCGUUUAAGUUCAAAUUCAGAACUAACAUGCUUCCCUAUUGAGGAAGAUGCCAGUAUUAGCGAUGAGAAUAAGACUAUGGAUGAGAAUGCAUUCGAUGUCCAUGAAGUUGAUUCAUUAGUGGCUAAGCACCGUGAUAAUAGACAACCACUUAAGAACCUUUCAAAUCUGGGUUUGAAUUCUCCAGCAUCAGUUUCUGCACACGAGAAAAUUCUGAUGGCAGAUAGCGUGAAUUCCCUGGGAACAAAAUUGAGUGUUGUCGGGACACAAGAUAAGGCGCAGUCUGGUCGAAGAAAUCAACACGUCAAUAGUAGUGUGACCAGGAAGAAACAGACUUCGUCUAUUGGGGCCAAUGAUGGUAGGAAAAACCAUCCUUCAUUUCAAGAUACUAACAGCAUCAAGGCCAAAGAAACAUUUAGUGACAGCAUCAACAAACCAUUGAUAUCAAUCAAAUCCAGUUUGAAAGGACAGGAUAAAAAACUGUCUUUAGAAGAGUCUAAGAGGAAUAACAUCAUUUCAAAUGUUAGUUCCUUCAUACCACUAUUACAACAAAAACAAGCAGCAACUGCAUGCCCUGGAAAAAGAGACGUCAAGGUGAGGGCUCUAAAGGCAGCUGAGGCGGCUAAACGUGUAGAAGAGAAGAAGGAGAAUGAACGCAAGAAGAGGAAGGAGGCUUUGAAACUUGAAAGAGUGAAGCUGGAGGAAAAGAAUAUGAGACAGUUGGAACUGAUGAAGAAAAAGAAAGAGGAGGAACUCCAGAAGAAAGAUGCUGCUAUUCUUGCAAAGAAGAGGCAGAGAGAGGAAGAAUAUAAAAAGGAGAAGGAGAAGAAAAGAACGCGACAUGAAGCGAGAUAUCGGCAAAGGGUGCAAGUAGAAAAACUGACAGCAAGCAAAGCUGAAAAGGCAAAUCAGUUGUCCAAGGAUGAGCAAAUGAAUAAUAGCAAGAAGGAAUCUCUUCAUGAGUCAAUGAAAGUCGUUAGAGGAGAUGAUGUUGCUUUGAGAAAAGCAGACACAAAAUUGAAUGUCACCGAAAUCUUGAUGACUUCCGAAGAAUGUGGUACUUCUGGUCAGUCUUGUGACGUUGGAAAGGCUGUGCAUGCUGUGGAUAAAUCACCCAGGAAAGAGGACUUGAUUUUUAAUAAUUGUCAAGGAAAAUCAUAUGAGAUCUCUCCAUACCAAUGCUCUGAUGAUGAAGAUGAAGAAGAUGAAGAGUUACCCACCAAGAAAUCUAUUCCAUCAUGGGCCAGUAAAAGCUCCGUUGCUCUGCUUUUACCCUUGCAACAGCUAAAGGAUCCUGAUAGGAUCUUUCCUGCUGAAAGCUUUUGCUCUAUGGAGGAAGUUCUGCUUCCUCGCAAGCUGCAGCAGAAGCAGGUGGCUGCGUGA